CUGGUCAAAAACGGGCGUAUUUGUUGCUUGGUAACCGAGACGCACAGACAACUGCUCUUCGCAGAGAUGGCUGAGAAAGUUGAGAAGGUUCAUCGCACCAAACGUGUUUUUAUCAACAACCUCGACUCGUAUGCAUCAAAAUGUAUCGGCAAGUUCCUGUCUACCUGUGUAGUGGGAGCAUCCGUGCUGGGGAGUGGCGAGCAAGAUGUGGAGGAAGACGAUGAGAGGCUGUCCCAAGAUCAAAAAAUCAAAGAGGGAACCUUUCAUAUUGUUGGAACUUGUGCUAACAAAAACAGCUGCGACGAUGGAAGACCAACUUAUGUGUUGGAGGAAUAUUUUCAACUGAAAAGGGAAGAUCUCCUGGAAUGCCUGAUGGAGUGUGAUAUAAUUAUAUAUAACAUCACAGAGCAUGCUGACCAGAUUGAAGAGGCCUCUUGGGCAAUCUCAGCCAUUCAUGCGCAGAAGGCCAGGUUUAGUCAGCCAAAGAUGUACAUCCUCAUAUCAACCGUCAUGACCUGGGCACUCAGCAAGCCUGUUGAUCCGAAUGACUCUGAGAUUCCAUUCACUGAGGAAGAUUACAGGAGGAGACGAGCCCAUCCCAACUUCAAAGAGCACAUCAACAUUGAAAAAGUUGUGGUGAAAAUGGGCAAAACGAACAGUUCAUUGUUCUCCACGUAUGUCGUGGCCUCGGGAGUUCAGUAUGGAAUGGGAGAGCAAUUAUUCCACUUUUUCUUCAAGACGUCUUGGUUGGGAGAUGUGCCCAAAGUCCCCAUCUUUGGAGAAGGCACCAAUAUCAUUCCUACUAUUCACAUCAAUGACCUUGCACAUGUAAUACAAAAUGUCAUUGACCACAAGCCCAAACAGCACUACUUACUUGCUGUGGAUGAUUCUAAGAACACCAUAGAGGAGAUUUUAAAGACAAUAACCUAUGUUUUGGGACCAGGAAAGACCCAGAGAGUGCCAAAAGAGGAUGCUUUUCUCAUUCGGGACUUGAGCCAAAUGGACAUUGACACUCUGUUUGUCAACCUUCGGAUUGAGGCUGUCUACCUGAAAGAAAACUUCAACAUCCAGUGGGCGUGUGAGUCAGGUCUCGUAGACAACAUUGACCGAGUUGUGGAGGAAUAUAAGCAAACCAGGGGCCUGCUGCCCGUCCGGGUGUGUAUUCUGGGCCCUCCAGCGGUGGGGAAGAGCACCGUAGCUGAGAGGAUAUGCAAACACUACAAGCUGCACCACAUCAGACUCAAGGAAACCAUCAGCGAGACCCUGACACGCCUGGAGUCUGCCGUUAAAAUGGAGGACCCGGAGGCCGGGGACUCUGCCACGUCAUCAGAACUCCUGGAGACUCUCAGGGAGAACAUGAAUCAAAAUGGAGGUCGACUGGAUGACCAGUAUGUGAUCCGGAUCAUGAGAGACAAGCUGAAGUCAAAGCUGUGCAGAAACCAGGGGUUUGUCUUGGAUGGUUUCCCUAAGACCUAUGAACAGGCCAAGGACCUGUUCUAUGCUGAUGAAGAUGAGCCCGAAGAAAUGAAGUCAAAGAUCCCUCCAUUCAACAAGAUCAUUCCAGAGUUUGUAUUCUCCCUGGAUUCCACUGAUGAGGUUCUUAAGAACCGCGUCCUGAACCUGCCGGAGUGCCUGGUUGAGGGAACCUCCUAUUCCCAGGAGCAGUUCCUGCGUCGCCUCUCAAGCUUCCGGGACAGCAACAUGGAGGACGAAACUGUUCUCAGCUACUUUGAAGAGCUGGACAUUCACACUGAGCACAUUGAAAUCACAAGCAGUGAUGACCUGGAGUACCCGUUGGUGAUAGAGAGGAUUAUCAUGUCAGUGGGUAAGCCUAAGAACUACGGGGCCACCAGCCAGGAGGAGGAGGAGGAGGAGCGGAGGAGUGCAGACCGACGUCUUAGAAAGGAGUCCCAGGAGAGGGCUGACACUGAGAGGAUGGAGACGGCGGAGGCCCAACAGAGAGCGGCCCGCUGGGAAGAGUGGAGCAAGUGCCUGGAGGAGUCAAAGAAACGGGAGCAGGAUCUCCUGGAGGCCCAGUCUGUCCCCCUGAGAAACUAUCUCAUGAAGAACGUCAUGCCCACUCUCACCCAGGGCCUCAUUGAGUGCUGCAAGACCAGGCCUCAAGACCCUGUUGACUUCCUGGCAGAAUAUCUGUUCAAGAACAACCCCCAAGUGGAGUGAAAUGGGACUUUAGAAUUCAUGAGAUUAUUACAUUCUGCAACUCAAAAUUGUACUUAUAAAAAUGAUCUAGUGAAGGCAUUUCUCAAGAAAACCUUGAUUUAUACAUUUUUAUUCGCAUUUAGGAUAGAUACAGUUUUUACAUGUAAUUUUUUUUGGUUGAUAAUUUUGUCUAUAACGUGGUAUCUUGAGUAAGUUCAUUAUUUCUAAUAAUUAACUGAAUAGGGAGGACUCAUCUGAGUUUUGGUGCAGACAAUACCUUAGUCAUAAUAUGUUGAGCAGUAAUAGGUUGAUUAGUAAAUGUGUCAUUCCCUGCCCUGCUUUAUUAACACAGUUUUGUUUGUGUUGUUUUCUGCAGACCAUUACUUAAAAGCCUUGAGAAUGGGAUGAAAGCCUGACUGAAGCCAACAGCUAAUUAACAUGUUAAUUUGCGUAAUGAACUUGGGUGUGCUUGGUAACUAAAAAGUAGACCCAGUCGGGUCAUAAUGA